UGGCGGUGCCUUCUAAUUUUGGGCCAAUCACAACUUUUCUUAUUGACCAAGUAUACGAUUCAAUUUGUUUCCAAGUCUUCUCGUAUUCUUGAUCGGUUCACCCUAGUUUGAGUAUUGAGAUCCUCCAAAUGGGUUUUUCAAGAAAACACGUUACGAGUAUCAUUUCUUUGUCACUGCUUGUGUUGUUAUCGUUAACAUGCAACCUUAACUCAGUUUCAGCCUCCUCAGGAGGUGUUGCGGGAGGAAGUUUCUUCAAAUCAUCCUCUUCCUCAUCCUCUAAAUCAUUCACAACUUAUUCAAAUUCUCCAAGUGUUCGGGUGCAACAUCAUACCCGUUCUCAUCAUGCUCGUCCUAAGUCUACAAAUGGUGAAGGAGGGUCUGCGUUUUUGUUAAUGGUUGGCAUAAUGGUUGUCAUUUAUGUUGUAUGUCGUUGUACAGAAAACAAUGAUACUCCAGUUACUGUACUCAAGCUUCAGGUUGGAAUGUUGGAUGAGAUGGGAUGCACAUUACAAAGGGAUCUAGCUAGGAUUGCAGAAGCUGCUAAUACAUCCUCCAAGGAAGGUGUGCGCUGUUUAUUGAAAGAGACAAUACAAACUUUGGAUAAACAUCAUGGUUACUGUAUAGCAGGAUAUUCAUCUGUGGAUCUUAAAAGGAGCGAGGAGGGUGGAGAAACAUGCUAUAACCAACUAUCAAUUGAAGAAAGGGAAAAAUUUGAUGGAGAGACAUUAGUUAACUUGAGCAACAACAAUAAGACACGUAUAAGAAGCCAGAGUUAUGAUAGGUUUAGCAAUGAAUAUUCCACGUUUGAUGUAAAAAAGAAUGCUGAAGAAACCGAGAAAUUAGAAAAAGAGAAACUUCGCAGUGGGUUCGACAACAAGUACAUAGUGGUAACAAUAUUGGUAGCUACUAGAGGAUCACAUGAGCUACCUAACAUGAAGGCAGCUGAAGAUUUAAAGGAAGCUUUGCAAAAGCUUAAAUCCCAUCUCUACUGGAGAGAUUUAUUAGCUGGUGAGGUAUUAUGGACCCCACAGAAAGAGGAUGAGACCCUUUCAGAUGGAAAACUACUUAAAGAUUACCCUCAGCUAGCUAAGUCUAUGAAAUAUGAAUAAACAAGUGGGUAAUGCUUGGUUACCAUUUUUGUAUUCAUGUUUUUUUCUAGCAAUUGAAUUUAUCUUUGUAAAAAAUAGCAGUUGAAUUUAUUUUUGAAUGUUUAGAAUUCGAUACAGAAUUUAGACCAAAUAGAUUUUUUUUUUGUUAUGUCCGGAAUGAGUUGCGGACAAGGUGUUGA